GCAGCGAAGGCGAGCUAGCGAAGGCGCAGACGGGCGUGACGGCGAGGGUGUCGCGGGUCCGGGUGGGGAAAGCCGCUGGGUUGAGGAGGUGUGGGAGACGCAGCGCAGGCGAGAGGCUCCCGCGGGCAGCCACGGGCCAGGCAAUAUCGCGGCCUGGGAGCAUCCUCAGAGAGCCAGCAGAAGCUACCCGAGCCGGGGAUUCGCUAUUCAUGCUCGGCAGGCUUGGCGCCAACUUGGCGCCAUGCAAGCUGUACCACUCCCCCGGCUCGCUCUGCCACUGCGCCCGCCCUGCGACUUCUCCAACGCGAACACUCGCGCAGAACACUCUGCUGAUGCAGCCUGUCCCCACUGGCGCCUCUCACAGCUGCGUGCUCUUUUCUUCCUUGCAUUCAAUGUCCUGAUUGGCGCCCCCGCCCCCUGUCAUUCACCUCCCAUCCAUUGGCUCUCCGAGUCUUGCACGUCCGAGUCCGUAUCUGCUUUCCGUAACCUGCCCUUCUUAUGACAAUGUGCAUGCAUGCCAAGAUAAAUAGAACCCGCCCUCGUCC